CGGAGACCAACAAUCGCUAGGUCUAACGGGAUACGAUCCAGCGCUCCAUGGCUCCAUGAACUGCCACACCUCCCCCCCGGGGUGCAUAGAAGGAACUGGCAAAUCGACCAGGGUUCUGCCGUUCGGCGUGCUUUUGAUACCCCAGACGAAAAAUAUAGUCAUGUUGGCUGUCCCGUCCGCCCGCCAACAACCCGUUUACUAUCCAUUUCUACAGACAGUUCAUGACUUGGUCUCUUGCUCCAUACUAUUGCUCGUCUGAUCUUCCUCUUUGUUCAUCUUCCAAAAGAAAGAUAGACACGGAUAACUUGCUCGCAAGCCUCCCACUGACUUCUUUCUUGAUUUUAAUCUUUCCUCAAAGAUCUCGUCCAGUGGGAUAUGGAGUACUUCGAUUUCGACGAGGCUUCGUAUGAUUCGCAGUCUCUUGUACGCGAAGAUGACAUUGCCUCCGAGAAGUUUGAGAUUGACGAUGGUGAUGCCGCUGCGAAUUACAACUCGUUUCUACAAGACGAACCCUUAGAUUUUUCCAAUGACCCACCAAAGCAGAGUCUUGAAGAACAUCAAUUGGUGGAUGUUCCUAAUUCUCUUCUUGGUAAUGGCGUCUAUCCAAUGAGGCGUGCCAGGGAGCCCUGUGAUUUUUGCAGGCAUAUGAAUCUAGAUUGCUUUGUUGCAAAGAGUGGAGUUAUGCGCCAAAGUGGCUGUACUUGUUGCAUCUCUCUCUGGCGUGAAUGCAGUUUCACAAAGCAGGUCGAAGCUCCUGGCCGGUUCCUGGAUACAUUACACCCGAUUGCCGAAAACAUUGACAAUACUACUGGCGGUCUAACAGGAAAGAAGGCGCUUAAGUCCCAUUCGUACAUCGCCGAGGAAGCGGACGGCCAGUCAAGGAAGAGCAACUCCCGAUUGUCGCGCGAGGCGGUCCGCAUCCUCAAGACCUGGCUGCUGGACCAUAGUGCAUAUCCUUACCCAACUGACCAAGAAAAAGACGAGCUGAAGCAACGCACGGGUCUAAAACGAACCCAGAUAUGCAAUUGGCUUGCCAACGCUCGGCGACGCGGCAAAGUUCGAGCUCCUCCGCGCAGCGGUUCUCCAGCAGCGCCCGGAGCAGUGGAUAUCCCCGGACAACAGCAACGUCGAGACGUCGCAACCAUGACGCCUCUUGAACGUUGGAAGCACUCCCCUCCCGAAAACGAACCCGCUGCCACAUCCGAUAUUAUUCGAGCUUUGAACAAUACAUCCCUAGAUCCUGAGCGGCCGCGCUCGUUUCAUCCAGGUCACGUGCGUUCCCAUUCUCGGAAGACUGGGUCCAGCAAUGACUCAAGCCAUGACAACUCCAAUUUGUUUAAUGCUCCAUCAGUCAGCAGUCAUGAAACCAGUCAAUCGGCCAGUCGCUCUUCCUUAUCCGAUCUCUCUUUUGCGUCCGCCUUCUCACACCGUUCCUCAUUGGGGUCGUUUGGCUCGAUGGAACGGAAGGAACGGCGUCGUCGUCGGAAGCCCUCACUGCCUGUCAACCCGUUCAACCAGCAGAAGACCCGCAACGCCCGAAUAUUUCAAUGCACCUUCUGUACAGAUACCUUCCAGACCAAGUAUGACUGGCAACGCCAUGAGAAGUCGCUUCAUCUAGCCCUCGAGAAAUGGACCUGCUCGCCGUUUGGGGGAGUCGCCUUUAUCGGUGGUGCCCAUCGCUGUGUGUUCUGCAUGGCCGUUGGCCCAGACAUGGACCACCUGGAGUCACACAACUACAGUGCCUGCCAAGAGAAAACAUCUGCGGAACGUUCCUUCUAUCGGAAGGAUCAUCUCAAUCAGCACCUUCGGCUCAUGCACAAUGUCAAGUUUAUCUCAUCCAUGGAUGCAUGGCGGAGUAGCAUCACUGAAUUGAAGUCACGAUGUGGAUUCUGCGGGAUUGGCCUAUCGACCUGGAAGGACCGAGUCGAUCAUCUGGCCUCGCAUUUUAAGAAUGGCAGCAACAUGACUCAGUGGCGAGGUGAUUGGGGCUUUGAGCCCUUUAUCUUAGGCCUCGUUGAGAAUGCCAUGCCACCGUACCUCAUUGGCCACGACCAGAAGACCCUCAAUCCCUUCAAGCCUUCUUCUGCAGCAGGCAAAGCGCCCGGACUCGUGGUAGCGGAAGAUGCCAAUUGCUUCAUUCGACUGAAACAUGAACUCACUGCCUUCAUACACAAUCAAGUAGCUGCAGGCGUUGUGCCCUCGGAUCAGAUGAUUCAGGACGAAGCCCGGAUGAUCAUCUACGGCACCGACGACCGUUGGCACCAGACUUGUGCCGACAACCCGGUCUGGCUCAGCUUCCUGAAACGGGAUACUGGUCUUGAAGUUGUUCCCGGCUCGGACCAUAUCCAGCUCUCUGACUUGGGUAUGCAGCCCCCAUUCGCCACAACGGACGGACUACGACAGCCGCCCGUGGAAACCAAUUUGUUAGCACGGUCUGCCUGUCGUUGGCAGCAACCAUUCAGUCCUAUGGCUCCCCCUUCCGGGUUCCACAGCCCUGCGCUUCCAGGAACGAGCCGGUCCUCUGUCCCAGCAAGCGCACCUGGAAGCUCCAUCGGUAGCUAUGCCGAAAAUUCUGGCAUCAUGCCCACUAGACCACAGUCAGGGUUGUCGUCUGACUGGGGAAGCAGUUUGUCUGCUGGACCGACCGCGUUCUCCACUCCGCUGAGCGCUUCGGUUGAUCCAUUCGUGCAAAUGGGAUUUGACCCAGAAUUCCUUCAACAGUUGAAUUCCCGGUACGAUGAGAUGCCCUUGGAGGAACUGCAGGGUCUGGGCUUCGGGGGCGACGGCGGAAGUGAUAAUGGUUUCCCAUCCCAUGAACAGGAGACACAGGUGGCAGUUUCGAUGGCACAGCCACUGGCUCCGUCAAAGAUGGCUUCGGCACCCAUUCCUAUACCCAGUCCCAAGCAAAACGAAGUGUACAUGUCCGGUGCAGGUCCUGAUCCGAACCACAGUCUGGCACAAGAUCUAUAUUUUUCUGGAAGGAAUGCCUGAUUGGUGAAAGAAGAAGAGUGUUUGGCCCAAGAGAUUGUCAGACGGACAGAGUUAUGGUGGUAAAAGUCUCGGAUUCUGUUUUUAAUUAGUCAUGCCAUCGUCUUGUGAGCGUUCAAAAGGUUCUUAAAACUGACACAGAAGUUGAACCGGGCGAUGUUUAGUCUUAAUAUAAUCGGUUAAAAGAGGGA